ACCAGCAAUUGCAAAUAAAAAUUAUCAAAAAUGACUUUCCAAUUACUAUUGAUAAUCAAAAAAUAACUUCCUGCUCAACCUGCUAACUCAUCUUGAUUUAAUUUCUCUUUUGCGUUUUGAUUGUUUCUGGCGAAUUAAGGGUUAAACGACAUGGGUUCCAUUACUCAAAAAUCAGCUCUAAUAAUAUGCGGUGACUACAUGGAGGAUUAUGAAGUGAUUGUACCUUUCUUCGUGCUUCAGUCCUUAGGGGUAAGGGUUGAUUGUGCCUCUCCCGGCAAGCGAUCCGGCGAUAAGUGCUUUACCGCCAUUCAUGAUUUCUUGGGCUUUGAGCUAUACACAGAACUGCAAGGCCAUUUCUUCAAACUGAACGCAAACUUCGAAGAAGUAAAAUUCGAAUCAUACGACACCCUUAUUAUACCAGGUGGCAGGUUCACUGAGCUACUGAGUGCGGAUGAAAAAGUAGUGAGCCUGGUAAAAAAAUUUGCAGAAACCGGAAAACCUUUAAUCACAAGCUGCCACAGCCAAAUAAUGUUGGUGGCCGCAGGACUUCUUCAAGGCAAGAAAUGCACUGCCUUUACAAGCUUGAAACCCCUUAUUGAGCUUGCAGGCGGCAUCUGGUGGGAGCAGCCUGGCGUAGAGUCGGUUCUUGAUAUUACUGCUUGUCUUAAAGAUGGUAAUCUUGUUAGCUCCAUCGGCUGGCCUGGUCAUGCUGCAUACCUGAAAGUUCUAUUGGAGUCCAUGGGAGCCAAAAUUUCUGGUUCUCAGAAAAACUCUGUACUGGUUCUGUUAGCGGAUUAUGUAGAAGAUUACGAAGUAAAUGUGCCAUUCAGGGCACUACAAGGUCUGGGUGUGAAAGUUGAUGCAGUUUGCCCGAGCAAGAGGAAAGGGGAGAGCUGUGUGACUGCAAUCCACGACGAUGAGGGAGCUCAAAUUUGCAGUGAAAAGCGUGGCCAUAACUUUGUUGUAAAUGCGAAUUGGAGUGAGAUUUCUGUCGAUGACUAUGAUUGCUUGGUUUUGCCUGGAGGAAGGUCCCCUGAAUUGCUGGUGGUUAAUGAGAAGGUUGUUUCUCUUAUCAAAGAGUUUUCUAGCAAAGACAAGAUCAUUGCUGCUAUUGGACAAGGAAAGUGGCUUUUGGCUGCUGCUGGUGCUCUAAAGGGGAAGAAAUGUGCAAGCAGCCAUGGAAUGAAGGCAAUUGUGAAGGUUGCUGGCGGAGAAGUGGUGGAGUCUGAUGGAUGUGUGAAGGAUGGAAAGUUGGUUACUGCAAGUGGAUGGCCUUCUCUUCCUGCCUUCCUAACGGAGUUAACCAAUGUCCUUGGUUUGUCUGUGGUGUUUUGAAAUUGCGGAAAAAGCCAAAAAAAAAAAAAAAAAAAAAAA